GACACCAGGCACCGUUCCACUUUCCUCCCGUUUUCCCAGCGCCCGUAUUAGUCACACCGUCCACCCCACGAGCCGCUCGAGUCAGACCGUCAGCAGUCAGGCCCAGAGCGCGCUGAUUUUACCGUUGCAGAGGGCUUCCCUGAGGUCGACGGAUCUCGGCUGGAAAUCCCCGAACCACCGAUAUCCGCGCGACCCCCGGCGUGCGUCGCUGCAAUGGCUGUGGGCGAGGCGACGCGCGUGGCGCUGCAGGUGUUCAAGGCGACGGGCGGGCUCGUGUGGAAGCGCCACCCCAUGAACCACACGCGGCGCGCCAACGCCAAGACGCGCCACGAGCGCAUCAGACAGGUGGAGCAGGUGCUGCGGGUGUGUGCUGCCCCUGCCAGCGCCAACGCCCUCAACCCACCGCCUCGGCGCCACAGCAAGGCGCCUCACCACCGUCCAGCACAGCAGUGCAGCAGCAAUGACCCGCAGCACAGGCAGCAGCCUUUAGAGAUAAAACCUACCGUGAUUGCUCGAACGGCCAGCGCUAGCAGCAGGUAGUUCACGGCUGCCUGUAUGUAAGAUCAUAGUACACUAAUUUGGAUGGGGAAUGGUGGGGUAGGAGUAGUAUAUUGUUGAUUCACAGAUUUUUCUCGCUCACUGCCCAAUGAAUGAGGGACUGGCCUUGCCACGGAUUUUGCCAUUCCAAGCGGUACUAAUUAAAGCCGCGGUACAAAU